CAUCGAGCCGCCUCAAUUGAGGCCUAGGCAUCUCUGUAUAUCUGCCCUAUAAGUCGUAGCGCAUAAACUAUCCACCGAACCGCCCUUCUUGCCGCGCUAGCGAUGUCCAACAUAGUCAAAGAAAUCCAACUUUUACGGCAGGCCGCGUAUGAUUUACAAACGUCAAGAUAUUUGACAGUGGCUUCUUUCAUCACAUUGACUUGGGAUAUUUUGAUUACUUUGGAGGAGUACAUCUCGCUCAUCUGGAAAGCCAAAUGGUCCUCAGGGAAAAUUCUAUACUUUGCUGCCAGAUACCCUUCUUGGCUGGAAGGCGCAGUAUAUCUUACAAACACGUUAGAUUUCUCUGCAAAUCCAGCUUUCUGUUCUGCUGCAUUAUAUGUGGAUAGUUGGUCUACAUUCGUCUUCAUUAUUCCCGUGCAAUUGAUCGUCUUUCUGCGUACUGUUGCGGUGUGGGAUAAUAAACGAAUCAUCAUCAUAUUCCUGAGUAUCGCCUUCAUUGCAACAGACGUGACUAUGGCGAUCUGCAUUGCAUUCGUCUCGAAAUCUCUCGUCUGUCGAUUUGGACAUAAUCAACUCAUUGCGUUACUCCUAAGGGAUGGAUUUGCUUAUUAUGUGGUCAUGCUAGUGGCAAGCAUUUCCAAUCUCGUAAUUUAUUCAGCGCUUCCGGCAAAGCGACAUGGACUACUGGCCUCUAUGCUCCAAGUUCUUCGGUCGACGAUGUCCAUUACCGGAUCGCGCAUACUGCUGAACGUCCGGGGCGUCAUCAGUAAACGCCAAACGACUUGGUCUCAGACGGUUGGGACGGCUACUAUAUACCAAUUAUCAGUACAGGAGAUACCGGAAGCUAGCACGAGCCAGGUAUAUGCUUCAUCGGAAUCGUAA